UCCAACUCAACCAGAAGCAAUGUCCGCCAGAACCGAGUGGGCGGGUUUCCUGGACUCACUGCUCACUUUCAGAAAGCUUUUGUUUCUGCAGCACCACCUUGGCUUCACAGCUGGCAAAAUGAGACUAUUAUGCCUGAUUGCAGCAUAAAGUGCGGGUCAAUUUAACAGGGAUGCAGAGGAGUCAAAACCACAAAUGAAAAAAGGAUUUCUAAAGGACCAACCUUGAUGACUUUAAAGACCCAAAAGACGUGUUUAGAGAAAUCGAGCACACCCACGUCCGUUGGAAAGGGACGUUAGAAAUCUGAGCCUGAAGGCGUGGAUGCGUGUUUUGAGCAGCGAAUGGACAGGAAAGAUGGAGGACCAGCGGGAUGUUCAAACUUCCAAACGACAAGGCAGCUAUAAAUCUGGAUUAUCUGCAGGUUCUGCCAUGGCUAUGGAGAUUAAACGAAAGAAAAUACGAGAAAGCCCUCUGCUCUUACAGAAAGAGAAUACAAGCAUGCAAGAGAAGCUUGCCUUUGAGAUGAGAAUCCGUGAGGGAGCGUACAAGCUGCUGCUGGCCUGCAGUAAAAGGGAACAAGUUCUCAGCGCUUCCAAGAACCUGCUGACCUGCAGCGCCAGGAUCAAGGCUUAUCUAGCCCAGCUGCAGCGGGAGAAAGGAGAGCCGGACGCGAUAAGAGCAGAGAGAAGGCUUGGAUCUUCUCGUUUACCCUGUACUGGCACCAUCGCAAUUACUGGCCUGCGGUUCCCUUUAUUGUGGAGGGAUUCAGACCAUUUUAACAACAGAGGAAGCUCUCGUCGGGUUGCGGUGUUCUGUCUGAUGCAGAUUGGCUCUGAAGUUUUUGACACCGACAUGGUUGUUGUGGACAGAUCCGUCACCGAUAUCUGCUUUGAGGGAGUCACCAUAUUCAAAGAUGUAGUUCCUCAAUUUGAGCUGAAGGUGGAGCUGUGGAGCUGUUCUCUGGAGGAAGAGCUCACCUUGUCCAACACACCAAAGAAACUUGCAAAGAAGCUCCGUAACUCCUUGGGAAAGAGUGCUGGAAAGAAGCUCUGCUCCCUGCUGGACACUCCAGACCCUGAUAGCUUCCUGCAGGACAACCCAAUACCUUUGGGAGCCAAAUACAGCCUGAUGGCGUGCACAACACUCGGCCUGCCUGAUGCUGAUAGCAGCUUUCAGUCUCACUCCCUCAUCGUCUACCAAGAUGCUGAGUGGUCAUCUUGGCUCCCCCUCUACGGCAACCUGUGCUGCCGGCUAGUGGCACAGCCGGCCUGCAUGACGCAGAGCAUGAUGAGCGGCUAUUUGAGUCAGAAGCAAAGUGUGGAGGGAGUAAACCGCUGCUGCAAUCUCUACUGUGUGCUGAGCGCCGGCUCUUUGUCCUGUUACUUCACCCCAGAAGAAAUCGAUGCUAAAGUGCAACCGACUCUUAAUGUGCAAAUCAAUAAUGAGACCCGGAUUUGUGUGCUGGACAAAGAGAGAGGUGGCCGAACAUCUAAGAGUUUGUCGAUCAUCAACCCUUCACCCGAGGGAUCUCAGAAUGUUGUGUUCACUGCGGACUCCAGGGAGGAGCUGGAGGAAUGGGUAGACUCCCUCCACCAGCACUUCUAUGACCAGAGCCAGUGGCUUCAUUGCUGCGAUCGGCUAAUGAAAAUUGAGGUGGCAUCACCACGGAAACCAUCACUUUUCCUGGCCAAGCAGGCCGACUCUGUUUACAACGACCUCAGUAUAAAUUCGCCCAGCAAGUUUGAGAGCAUCACAGACAUUAUCCAUAGUAAAAUAGAAGAGACAGAUGGCCGCUUCCUUAUUGGGCAGGAGGAGAAGACGGAGGCCCCUAACUGGUCCUCUCUGUUUGAUGGGUCCCAUUCAGUGGUGGUGGAGAAGAGUUUGUUGUCCCAGAGCAAAACCUCCACCCCCUGUUCAAGCCCAAACCACAACACCAGCUCCACCCCCCUCAGCAAUAAGAAGCGGCGGGCUCCGCCCCCUCCCUCUGAUGUAAAGCCUUAUUCCAACCCUCCCCGUCCACCCAGACCUCCCCUGCCCUCCUCUCUGCGUCACCCACCUCCUCCUCCAAACCAGGAGAAGGAAAACUCCGGCACUUCAAUUUCACGUCCAACCAUGAGGUCCAAAACGGGCAGACCCUCUCUGGAUGCCAAGUUCUCUGCUAUCAUCCAGCAGCUCCAACGGAACAACGCCGGAGGCGCAGCUGCUUCGAGCCGAAAGAACGCUCCACUGGCCGUCCUGGACAUGCACACCCAGGGUCCAACUCAGCUGUCACUACAGCAGCCUGACUGCCAGAACCACAGCCUCCAGAUCCCCGAGGAUGCAGCCGAUCCUGUGUUUGUCAGAGGCUGCAGUGGAACCGGUCCCGUUCCGGCGCCACGCACUAAGCUGAGGAAGUCUUUCAGAGAGAGGAUGAACCUCUAAGCUGUGUGAUACCAAACUUUUCUGAAUCCUUCCAGCCAAACAGUUCCCAAAAACUCAUCACCAGCAUUAAUGUUAUUUUCACUUUGGGGUCUGAAAUUAUUCAUUCCAAUUUUCAGAAAAUGUGAGUUAUUUUAAUUUUUUUUCUUUAAAGGAAGUUUGGGUGCAUAACUUUAGUUUUCUUUAAGCAUACAGAGCAAAUUACAUAUAGAGACACCUCGGCUAGUAUUCGACUAAAUAUUCUGAACAUGUUGCAGAGAAACGCCACAGUGUCUGUUGUCAUUAACAAGGGUCCCGCUUCUAAAAAGUGUUCUUAUCAUAGAUCCGGUACUUGUGAAAAGGCGGUAGUUUAGGAUAAUUGUCCCGUUGGAACUGUUAGUGUUUGUAGGUUAAAAAGCCUUACAUGAAGUCAUCCAACAUUCUUCCUGGUCAUAAAUAUAAAACUUAACCAACCCAGGAUGUGAAAUUUAGUCAGUAUCCUCUCAAGUAUUCAGUUCAAACCGUGCCUCUAAAGCAUAUUCUAGAUUUAGUUUUUCUAGCUGAUUGGUUGGUUGAUGGGUUGUUCAUGAACGUUCUCCAAUUCCUUUUCUUCAAAGGUUUACGGUUUAAAAUAAGAGGGUUUCAAUUUGUUGCUAGAUAAGAAUUUUUUGAAGUGUGGAGAUAAGCCAUCAGACCAAGAAAUCCCCCAAAAAACUGUCACGCAUGGAAGCAUCAUGCUGAGGGGUCUAUACGGCUGUUGGAGGUAGUAAUGCAUUAAAUGUGGUAGACUAAAAAUUUGGAGAAAAAAGACAAAUAAGCAAACUUUGGCUUUAGAAUGGAGCACACUUACUAUUUGCUCUUCAGCAAGAAUUGUGCCACAAGCUUGUUGACAACAAGAAAAACUUGCUGUCUGAGGCAACCUUUUACCAAUUAUAGAUUCAUACAUGUUGAUAUUUGAAUGUUUAUUUUUUUUAUUAUCAAUAAACCUUCAUCUAGAAUGGUUCAAGUUUUUCAUUAAAGGGUUAAAUAUCCUAUUAAAUUAUGGUCAUGAUAACUUGUAGGUAGAAACAUUUGAUUCAGUGUGUGUGCGCUUCUCUUUAGCACAAAUAACGGAUACAACCACUUUAUCUGAUUCACGUAACAUUAAUGAAAUCAGAAAUGUUGUCUCCAUAUGUGUGCCCACUAGGUAUAAACUGUUUAACGGUUUGAGGCAGAUUAUCUUGAAUGUUGUGUUUUAUUGUAAACUGUCAAGAAUUACUACGUUCAUAUUUAUGAAACAUUUAAAAACCUGCAUCUUGGGUUAAAUAAAGUACACAACGAUUAACAGGUAAUGUAGGAUUUUAGGAAUAAAAUCUAAAAAAAUAGGAUGCUUAAAGGGUAGAGAUGCUCUGGUAGGAGGGUGGAUUUUUUUUUAGACAGAGCGCUACCUGGGGGUGGACGUCUUUAUUAAUGGGGGCAAACUGCAAUGUAGCAGCUUUCAGUGAAUUUACAAUGUUUAGAAAAAUUUUAGAAAAUGAGUUUUAGAAGACUUUAAAAGGAAAACUACCCCACUUUUAUGAAAUGUUGGCAUGUUUGCGAUUUAUCAAUGUUUCUGGUUGCAAAGAAAGUAAGAAAAGUUUGUUUUGGUUUUAUUUUUAUAUGUUGAGGUCUCAUACUGUCAUGGAGCCUGCUGGAUUUGCGGAUGUACUCAGAUUAGUUUUUAUCUCUGAGGUGGGAUAAGAUUACGUAAGGAAGUGUAAGUUGGCGGUUUUUAUUUAUUGCUGCUAACGGUUCUAAUCAAAAAUACUCAAUAUAUAUUAGCUCUAUAAUCACUUUAUAUCUAAAGAAAUGGUAAAACUUUGAUUAGCAGCCUCUCCUGUUGCAAACAGGGAUGGGAAUUAAUGUUAAUUAAUUCCUAACCUAUAAGUAAUUGGGAAAAAGCUCAAGAUUUAAAUAAAAAUGCUGUGAAUAAUUGUUCCUACUGGAGCUGGGUAAAAUCUAUUAGUAGGGUAAAAGGUUUACAAAACAUAUUGCAUCUCUAAUAAGGUGCCUCUGAGUGAUUAAAAACAUCAAUAUAAAAACAUCACUAUAAACACAUUUUCAAUUUUUCAAGCUACUACAAUUUUCAGGAAUUGGGUCACAGAUAACCAGUUCAUACCACAAUGUCGGUGCUGCACAGACAAAUCUGCUGCUUUUCUUCAAUAACAUUCUUUUUAUUUGCUUAACCCUGAUGUGAGAAGACACUUCAGUCCAACAAAAAAAGAAAAGCUUGUUUCUUUGAUUCAGAUCUAUAAUAGGAACUAAAAUGGAAAAAAAAAAAAAAAAAAGAUACAGUUGAGUCGACUUAAAUUGAA